UUCAGGGAAGGGGUUGUUUCCGGUUUUCUUCUCAUUCUAUUUUCAGAGCUGGGUGAUAAGACAUUCUUCAUUGCCCUGCUUCUCGCUCUCAGAAAGUCCCAGGGGCUCGUCUUUGCAGGAACAUUCGGGGCCCUUGCAGUCAUGACAGUCAUCUCAGUAGCGUUGGGCCAGGUCUUGCACCAACUGGAUGAGCUGUUGCCAGCCAACAGCCUCCCUUUGGACGACAUCUUUGCAGCAGCACUUCUUGUAUUCUUUGGGGUGAAAACGCUGCUGGAUGCCCAGGAUGCCGAUGAAAGUGCAGCCGGCGAGAGAGAUGAAGCUGAAAAGGAAGUUGGCAGCCUUGGAAACGGUGUGUCAGGCGAGGCCCUCGGAUUCGUGCUGUCCACAUUUGCACUGGUCUUUGCUGCUGAAUGGGGCGACAAGUCAUUCCUGGCCACAAUUGCGCUGGCGGCUGCCUCCUCGCCGGCAGGAGUGGUGUUGGGGGCCGUGGGGGGCCAUGGAGUGGCAACAGGCAUUGCUGUGCUCGGUGGUUCCUACCUCAGCCGUUUUGUGUCAGAGAAAGCCGUGCAGUAUCUGGGUGGCACCCUCUUUCUGGUUUUCGCUGCCGCCACCGUCGUCGAUAUUUUUGCUAAGUGA